AUGGCGUCUCAGUCGCGAAAAACAUACAUCGAGCGUGGGAAGCUUCACCAGCACACAGUCGCCAAAAAGCUCUUCGAGAUCGCAGACUCCAAAAAGUCAAACCCGGUCAUCUCAGCCGAUCUCGAGGAUACAGAUAGCUUACUCAAGUGUGCAGAUGAUCGCAAACUCGUCGACAUUGGCAACACUGUCCAGAAACAGUACCACAACGGAGCUCUGCGGAUCUCGGAAUGGGCCGACAUUGUCAAUCUCAGCAUACUUGGUGGCGAAGGCAUUGUCCAAGCACUCACGCAGACCGUAACAGACCCCAACUUCCCUUUUUCCGGCCAGCGCGCUUUCCUUAUCCUGGCCGAGAUGACAUCAAAGGGGAGUCUCGCGACCGGGCCUUACACACAGCAAUGCAUCGCAGCGGCUCGGAAAUACCCCCAUUCCACGAUUGGGUUCGUGGCGACUCAGGCUCUUGCCACCGCCCAAGAUGAGAGCGCAACGAGCCAGGAGGAUCCCGGUGGUGUUCACCACCGGGAUCAAUAUGAAGAGCAGCGGAGAUAA